AUGCCACUCCAAUUCUGGAGGUCGCCUGGCCAGGGCUCCAAGGAUACCGACCCACUGCUCGAGGCAGCAUUUCCUCCGCGACUGGGGGAAGACUGCCUGAAGAUCGACGACGAGGACAGCGAUGAUGAUAGCGACGAAGACGAGGACGAAGAAGUGAAGGAGACUCGUGCCGAGCGGUUGCGCCAAACCGGAGGCUGGCUUGGCUACCUGAAAGACUUUACCAUCUUCCUGCCUUACGUCAUACCCAAACGAGACGUCAAAGUACAGAUAUGUCUACUCAUCUGCCUCGUCACGAUUGCGAUGCAGCGCGUCCUGCAAGUCGCCAUCCCAUACGUCCUUGGAGUGAUUGCGGACAAAGUCACGCACGGAUCGAUACCUAUUCGAGAACUCCUCGUCUUCCUUCUCUUGGACCACCUCAACAGCGAGUCGGGAUUGAUCUUCGUUCAGGAGCUGUCCAAGAUACCCAUCAAGCAGUUCUCGUACAAGCAGUUGACCAACGCUGCGUUCAGCCAUGUCAUGUCGCAGUCUAUCGACUUUCAUUCUACACAAGAUUCAGCCGAAGUUAUGAAAGCCGUUGAGCAAGGCGAAGCGUUGGGCAAUGUCCUGGAGAUGGUGGUCAUUGAGAUCUUGCCGACCUUGAUCGACGUCGUCGUUGCUUGUACUAUCUUCUACCGGAAGUUCACUCCGGCGGUGGGCAUGGUCCUGCUUGGCGCAUCAAUCGCCUUCCUGGCUGCCGAAGCCUUGUCUUCACGGUUCACAACCGGCCUCCGGAGAAUAGUGACGAAGGCUGAGCGGAUCCAGAUACGGAAGAUGCACCAAGCGAUUCAAGGUUGGCAAACUGUGGCGUACUUCAACCAGUUCAAGAGGGAGGCCAGUUUACUCUCAAGUGCUGUAGGCGACCACAUGAGGGCAAGGACACGUUUCGAAGUACGAGAAGCGCUGAUCAAGGCUGUUGUUGAGCUGCUAGUACCGACUACCUUCUUCGCCCUGGCUUACCUCAUCCUCCAGCGCAUUGCUGCGGGCACGGCAUCCCCGGGAGACUUCGUCUUCUUUCUCACAUACUGGGACUCCAUUAUCUACCCGCUGAAAUUCUUGACCGAUCAUGUCCGGUGGCUGGUGCGUGACUUUGUGGACGCGGAACGAGUUCUUCACCUUCUGCAAACCCAGCCAACAGUCACCGACGCACCCGAAGCCUACCCGCUCGCGGUACAGGAUGGCGAAGUCCGAUUCAAAGACGUGUCUUUCAAGUACGACUCCAGCCGCUACGCACUUCGAGACGUAUCGUUCACGGCGUCGCCGGGUCAGACCGUCGCUCUCGUAGGCCAAACCGGGGCCGGCAAAUCGUCGAUUCUCAAACUCCUCCUACGUCUACACGACGUCACGUCCGGUAGCAUCACCAUCGCCAAGCAGAACAUCCGACACGUCACACUGGGAUCACUUCGAGACGCCGUAAGCGUGGUUCCACAGGCACCUACGUUCUUCAACACCUCAAUCAUGGAGAACGUGCGAUACGCACGCGACACCGCGACCGACGAAGAGGUCUACGAAGUGUGUCGUGCAGCCGCGAUUCACGACACAAUCAUGCGCUAUCCCAAGGCUUAUAAUACGCACGUCGGCGAGCGCGGUGUCAAGCUGUCGGGUGGCGAGGCGCAAAGACUUGCGAUUGCGAGGGCGCUUCUCAAGGACGCACCGAUAGUUCUGCUGGAUGAGGCAACGAGUGCGGUGGAUACGGUCACAGAGAGGCAUAUCAAGACAGCACUUGAGAAGCUCAAAGAGGGAAGGAUUGUGAUUGUCAUCGCGCAUCGAUUGAGUACAAUUGUAGAUGCGAGCUCCAUUCUGGUCCUGCAUGAGGGGAGUGUCGUAGAGAGGGGAACGCACGAAGAGUUGUGCAAACAGAAAGGGCGGUAUUAUGAACUGUGGGAACAGUCAUGA